AUGGUUUCAUUGGCAGGCAUCCCGAUGGAUGCCGCUGCUGUCAUGUCAUCAGUAUUGGAAGGCAUUCUAUAUGGAUUUUCCGUCCUCAUGUGCCUAGGUACUAUCUGGACAUUCACCUAUAAACGACACAUGCAGGAUGCCAAUCGACCAAUCGCUGUGGUUGCUACCUUGCUGUUCGUGCUGAGUACCGCACACAUCGUCGUAGUCAUUAUUCAUAUCGAACGUGGAUUGGUGAAGUAUCGUGACACGUUCCCUGGCGGGCCAGUGGCGUUCUUCGCAGACGUCACCCAAGAUACAUUUGUAAUCAAGAAUGCGAUAUAUACCUUGCAAACUCUGCUCGGCGACGGGGUGGUGAACCUGCCUUUCGGGCAAAAGAUUUAUCGAUGUUACGUUGUGUGGCAAUCUGCUUGGGUUAUCAUCCUACCAUGCAUGAUGUGGUGUGGUGUCGCAGCGUCUGGCGUUUGUUCGGUCUACUACUUUUCUCAAGCGUCUACUGCCGAGAUCGAAAAUUUCUUCGCUAGCAGGAUUGGUCAUUGGGUCGCUACUUUCCUUGCUUCCACACUUGCAACUAAUGUGUUGAGUACCGGGUUACUGGCGUAUCGCAUCUGGAUGAUCGAACGCAAGGUCUCUGCAAUCCGCACUACGAAGCGCAAAGUACCUAUAUUGCGCGUGCUUGUAGAUGCUGCUGUUUUGUACUCUGCGGCACUUGGCUCUUCAAUAAUCGUCCCGAUCGUCUCGAUUGCUUUCUACAUGGUAUUCAUUCGCAUCGCGACCAGUCAAAACUACCGCUCGGCUGCCUAUAGAGGGACCACUGAGACAGAACGAAGAAAUUUGCAGCAACAUACUAUGCAGUCGUUUAUACGCAGGCCGAAUGAUUCCAAAUCCUCCUUGGGUGGUAGCCCGAAAGUAGAGACACAUUCAUUUGCGUAUUAG